AUGGGCUCCCCUAAGCAGUCAAAGCGUACCUUUGCUUACAGCAUUUACGUCUGUAGGAAACCAGACAUGGAUGAACAGAGCCAUCACAAUCACAUCGAGAACGUCAACACGCCGAUUAUCAAGCCACUCCUUGAGAAGUAUGGAGCUGUGUGUUACACCGUUACACAUAACGACACCCCCGCCAAAGCGGACUUCAAGAGCUUAUUCCCCGAUGCACCGAGCGAGAUGUUGCUAGACUAUGAUACCGUCAUCUCCAUCAUUGUGCCGGACAUCGGAUGCAUUGAGAAAAUGCGCAAAGAUCCCGACUUCUUGGACAAAUUCAUCCCUGAUCAUUUCAAUUUCGCGGACAUGAAUCGUAGUCGUGAUUGGGAGACGAAGACCAAUGGGGUUGAAAAAGAAUCCUUGCUUCCGAGUGUAUGGGACUGUGAAUGA